AUGUGCAAAGUGGUGUCUGGAACGAUUGUCGUGCUUGUCAAUUUGCUUUUCUUCCCCAUCAGCCUUGUUCUACUUGUAGUCGGGGGUUUGAUACAAUGGAACAGGCAACUACUUGUUGAUCAGGUCGUGCCAAUCAUUCUGGGGGAUAUCGAGAAUCAGAACGUCCGCGAAGCAGCCAAUACAAUCGCUUUGGAGAUUUUCUCCUUCUUGGCCAGUUAUGGACUCAUCGUUUUCAUAUUUGGAAUAUUCUUCUUUGUUAUCGCCUUCUGCGGUAUAUUCGGGGUGUGUUGCAAGAGCAAGUUUCUACUUGGCACGUAUGCAGCUUUGCUUCUCAUCAUCUUCUCGGCACUGCUGAUCGUCACUAUUGUGUUUGGAACUCGCUCGGCUUGGUUUAAGGCUCAGACACAGCUGGCAUUCCGGGACAUUAUCGUCAAACACUAUGUUGUGGACAAUGAACGGCCACCGAACGCCCCACUGACCGUACUCAUGUCUGCAAUCCAAAAGGACCACCAAUGUUGUGGGUCCUACGAUUACCGUGACUACCAGGAUAACGAGUCGUUCAAGAAUCAACCCUACAAAAUACCAGCUUCCUGCUGCAAGGAGCAAAAUGACCGAACCUGCUGGAUGUAUCCUACCCCGGGCAACAGUUACAUGAACCAGGGUUGCUUCCAGUUCUUGUGGAAACUGGCGGAUAAGUGGUACAAAUACAUCUUGUACACCCUGAUUGGAUUGCUCGUGUUAACGUUCACUUUCGUGACCAUCGCCAUCUUUCUGCUAACGAGGUACUCGAAGAGGCGACAGUUCAUCUGAACUCGGGAAUACGUGGUCUAAACUUUUUUCGAAUACUAAGACAACCCGCCUUUAUAACCUGAUUGUGAAUUGACUCCCCUGCCCCCUUUACUGUACCCUUUCAUAGUAAACGACCCGACAAGUCAUUGUAUAUCUAAUUCGUGAUGUCUACCGCCUUACACUUCCCAUUGGAAACAUUAUAUGUAACUUUUGGCCUACCGCUUUUGUGGAAUAUUUCCCAUUUGGAUCUAUGCGUCUCCUCUCAACCAUCUUCGUCCGCUUUAUCCCCGCAACUGACAUUGUGCCCGGUUCGUGCAAUUUAGUUUCA